AUCGUCAACUUCGAGGAGGUUGAUGGGAUUGCAUGGCUGACGACCGCCAUGAUGGUCUUUGAAAAAUUUCCUCUAUACCUUCGAGUAAAGCGCUUAUUAUGCACUCUUCACGGAGGUGAGAUACCCAGCUUCACCAUGGACUAAAUUUAGAAACUCUACUAUUUCUAGCUAAACCAUAAAAACCCGUUCAGGCGGGUUUUUUGGACUGCUAUCAGCCUUGCAAUCGCGUGGCCUCGUGGUUCUCGAACGAGGACUAAGAACCACUCGCCGAGAUGAGCAAGCUCUCGUUCCGCGCCCGGGCGCUCGAUGCCUCCAAGCCCAUGCCCAUAUUCCGGUCAGAAGAAAUCCCGGAUCUUCCGGAUUUUGCUGCGAUCAACAGAGCAGUGCCUCAGAUGCCGACGGGAAUGGAAAAAGAGGAAGAAUGCGAACACCAUCUACAGCGUGCGAUCUCAGCGCAGCAGGCAUUCGGUCAUACAGGAGAGCUGGUCAUUCCCACGCCUGAAGUGUACACCAUUGACGAUGAACUCUUCGACGAGCUCUACCCUCCAAAUUACAAGGUUUCAAGGCAACUCAUUCACAUGCAACCGUUUGCAAUGGAUCAGGACAUUCCGGACUACGACAUGGACUCUGAGGAUGAAAAGUGGCUCACACAACAGGCGAAAAAAAUGGAAAUCAACCCAUUACAGUUUGAAGAGAUGAUGGACCGGCUAGAAAAGGGCAGUGGGCAGCAGGUGGUCACGUUGCACGAGGCAAAGACACUCUUAAAAGAAGAUGAUGAUCUCAUCAUUGCAGUAUAUGACUAUUGGCUCAAUAAAAGGUUACGAACGCAAUGCCCUCUGGUGCCUCAAGUUAAAUCUGAGAAGCGCGAUGGAUCAAAUAACAGUAACCCGUACGUUGCCUUCCGGAGAAGAACGGAAAAAAUGCAAACAAGAAAAAAUCGGAAAAACGACGAGGCAUCGUAUGAAAAAAUGUUGAAACUGCGAAGGGACUUAAGUAGAGCCGUGACGCUUCUUGAAAUGGUCAAGCGGAGGGAAAAGACGAAACGAGAGCACCUCCAUCUCACAAUAGAAGUGUUUGAAAAGAGGUAUCAAGUGGGUGACUUCAACGGCCAGAUCAUGGCAGAAGUCAUGGCCAUGAAGAAUUCCAGGCCAAGUUAUGUUUCUGUAAAUAAUAGUCAAUUGUCAAGGCAAGAAUCUAGGUUAUCAAAGCACCGGUCUGAAGAUGGCAUACCCCGAAAGAAGCGCGAGUACACAAAGCGUCGAAACAAAGAAAUUCCUAGUCUGUGCACCAGCCAAGUGAGCUACGCCCGGUCAGAGCUUGAAAUGGGCCUGUCUGACAUGCCAAGCUCAGAUGACGAGGCACUAUCACCGGUUACAUCGCCAUCUGACAAUGAAGACGAAAACGAUCCGGAUGGUCCUUAUGCUUUUAAACGAAAGAAGUACUGCAACUACCAUGCUCCCCUUUUGGAGCGGCUCGGGAACUACCCCUGGUGUAGUCCCGAGGAAGGAGGUGCGGGAGAGCGCAAGUAUCGCUACUGCCUAACCACCCUGACUGUACCAAAGCCACACUGCAUCGGUUUCGCUCGUCGGAGGAUAGGCAGAGGUGGCAGGAUAUUGCUGGAUCGAGCAUGGACUCCGUUGGAUGACUACUGGCCAGACCUGGACGUAGCGCUAAACCAGUCUAUGCCCAAUGGCCUACCCCCCAGCAAUGACUUCCUGUCAGAGGUCAAGAAUGAAUGGUUGCACUUCCGGCCACAGCGCAACGGCAGCGGGCUGCUACCCGAACCAUCGCGGCCGGAGCCCCUGUCGGGUGGGCCCGUGGGGGCGGCAGCUGCUGCUGAAGCUGGGGUCGGCGCUGGUGGCGGCAACCAUCACCACCCGGGUGUCUCUACACCCGUCACCCCCAGCAGCGUGCCGUCCUCGUCGUCGGCCCCGACGACGGAUUACGAGAGCUUCCAGAGCCACCAGGAGGAGUUGUUCGAAAUGCAGCGCAAGCAGCUGGAGAGGUUAAAAGGUGCGACGACUGCAUCGGGAGCGAGCGAUGGCGCAGAAGGGGGCUCCAGGCAUCCUGGCACCGGCAGCGGGGCGCCUUCAGCAGCGUCUGCGCCAGGGAGUGCGGCACCCAGCCGGUCAUCGCACUCGACGCUGGAUCCUGCCAGUGUUGAGUUUGCCGUCUCCGCGCUGCUGAGCACGACGGAGGUGUCUGGUAUCCUGAACUCUUUGGUGUCGUCGCCAUCGGUGACGACAGCAGCCUCCCUAGGAGACGGGUCUGGGUCCACUGUCGCAGCUGCGGCUCACGCAAGGCUUGCAGUGGCAGCAGCCAAUGGCCCUUCAGCAGAUGCAGCGCGAACAGCCAGCGAAGGUGACAUGCUGCGGACGACACCCAAGCAGCAGCCUGGAGGCCAGGUGACUCCUGAUGCUGGCGCAGAAGCCGACUCACACGUAAUGGCUGCACUGCCACCUGUGGAGCUUGGGAACAAGCUACCAGCAUCACUCACAGACCUCCGGUAUUCCAUCCUGGAACAGAACGGAAACGAAGGGAACAAGGCACGCCACGAGCUGAGCAGCAGCAACCUCAGUCGAGUCAAGUUGGAGCCAGACGGGGCCUUGCCCAUGGACGUGACCUGACAGCCGCCCCAUCGCUUUCUGGACUUUUUCCGAGUUUACCGCUGCCAGCUCGUGGGGGCAACGACGGCUGCUGUUGCCUCUUCCGAAGGCGCAAGGCCACCGUCGGCGCAAGCCGCGCCUCCUGCUCGACCGCUGGGACUAGCAGUGCGGUGCUUCUGGGAGAGGUGCUCGGACCAGGCCCGCUGCUUGCCCGAUCUGGACGAGAUACCUCGUCGCCGCCUCCCUUCGGCUGGACGCCGGAAAAAAAAAACCUUCGUGUUCUGCUCAACUGACGCAUGUUGUGACAGCUGUGGCCCUCCUGUUUGUUACCGUUUGUCGUUGGUUGUCGGCACCGAGAAAUGGGAAGAGCAGAGAAUGUGGUGGUUGCACACUGGUGGAGGCGCCGCCGCCUCUCUGUCGGCUUUCCGUCUCUGUCUGUUCCGGGUUGCUCUUUCCCACUGGUAGCAUUUAUUUUGUGCAGAUCUCGUAUAAUUUGCCUUGGAGUGCAAUUUAGCAGUUUGCCCGAUUGGCCUGCAUGUUCAACCUAAACAAAAAGAUUAACUCCUUUUUUGCCUAAAACACGAAAGAGGUCGCUUGCGCCUGGGUGUCACGGUAGCCUUUGUGGCUACUCCAAUGCUUGUAUGCUUCCUUAGCGUCCAAAACGUGCUAUGUCGCAGUGUAGAUUCGAGCUGAGGAAUUGCAGUCAUCUCUUUUGCUGCCAGUGGGAGAAGUUAAUUGCCCCUUUUAAUUAAAGCACGCAGCUCUUUACAAUGUGCUGUAAGCUCUGCUACAGAGAUAGGUUGAUCAAAGUGAAUUUCAGUUGUACAGUAGCUUCCUCCCCUCUCUUAUUUUUGUGCCCUCCCAAAUAAAACUACACCGGCACAAAAGACAGUGGAAAGAUGUAAAGGGCUCUGUGCAAAAUGCUUGUUUCUGGUAACUGUGGUACUGGCUGUGUUGGUGUCACUGGUACAGAUGCUGUACCAAGCGUUGCAAACGUGUUGUUCAACAGUGUGUACAAUUGUAAAGAAGAAAAAAAAAAAACUGUGCAAAUGCAGUAACGAUGUUUGGGGGGCAAAGCAUACAAAGGGGAGGUCUUGCUUUGGAAGGAGGAGGAACACAAGUACAGCGGCAUAGUUUUUUUUUCUUCUUUUUUUUAGUCUCUUUCAGUAACUGCUGUGCACUCGCGUUUCGACAUUCUUUUGCCCUUUAACGGUGCGCAUCGGCGAUGGCCACAUCCAUGGCUUGGUUCAGUAGCUGUGAUAAUACCUCAUAAACAGGGACUUCUUCGUGGGAAGGGUUCUUUGUUUGUUUUUUUCUUUGCCUUUUAUUUUGGGGGUUUGGGGAAGGGGAAAAGAGUAGAGAGGAGAGACGUGUCUGAGCUUGUGAGCUCUCCCUCAUCUCGUUGUACAAUGUGCUCUUGACAAUGUGUGUGUGUGUGUGCGUGUGUGUGCGUGCGUGUGUGUACACACACUCAUCGUGUAAUUAAUGUAAGUGCUAGUUGGAUUCAUUUGUCAGGUGUGAGUGCGGCGGCGCUGAUGUGCUGGUGUGUGCGUGUGUAUUUGUGCCUGCGUUUGGUGAACAUAUGCGUGUGUUAGCUUGCAUUGGCACGUUUUUCAAAACUACAUUAAAAAAAACAAAAACAAACAGUGGGCUUGACUUAGAAACACCGAGUUUGCAAAUGUUUAAAAAGGAAGGGCACACUAUUUGGUGCAUUUUUUUAGCGACCUCAUGGUGAUGUCAAUGCAGUCAAAUGUGACUUUUUCAUCAGACUGCCAAACUUGUGCAUUCAAACAACAACUGGGCCACACAAAAUGCCUCGUGUGUACUUUGAAAAUGAUUUAGCAUGUUCUUGUAAGUCUUUCGACACUGCUGCUUGGAAAACCUGUUUGGGAGAGAAAUGUGAUGUCAAUCCCACACCCCUCCCCCCUUGCAGAGUUGCACGAAACAGCAACUUGAACCUCGGCGUUCACAGUGUCUAGCAGGAGGUGGAAGUUCGUAACACGCAAGUGCUGCGUUUCAGUUUUUAAUUGAAAACGUUGUGGGGAGGCCUGUUUUUCUCCCUGGAAAUCUUUGUGCGACCGCUUGUAAAUUAGCAAUCUCAGGGGUCUAUCUCUCUCUCCAUCUCUGGGCACUGUCAUUUAUAAUAAACUUUGUGCAAGCUGCCCUGAAAUUUGCCAGCCGUUCUGUGUGUAUGUCUUGGCUCAGUGGCAGUACCAUUUGUGUCGUGGCGUGUCGCUCGCGCAUUCGCUUUAAGCCCGCUAGGACAGUAGGAGAGAAGCGUGUUCACGAACUCACGAGUAAAAAAAAAAGCACCUGCACAAGGCAAACGUAUAAGCAGGUGCCUUGAUUUAUGUAAAUUGGUAGCUUGGUAUGAAUGUAACAUUCAUGCGCAAUGCCAGAAGCAGCAUAAGAGCUAAGGCAUUUCGAAGUACAACACUGUCUGUCGUUGAGAGUGUGGCAUUGUUUUUGUGCAUGAGUGUAUUCAUGUAAAUAGAUUUUGUUUUUUCUUCCACCAUGGAGCUGUGACUGAAAUGAAGAGGUUUUUGUUAACUCUUCGACUCUGUAUAUAUUUUGUAUUUACGUUGAAGGAUGAAAUUGAGGGGCUAACAAAAAAUCUUCAUAUAUCAUUUGUAAAUAAGCAUGGUAGCCCUCAUGGGAUUAAAGAUCUAACCGCCUCAGAAAA